AUGCUCCGCUGCCGCCUGCCCCUGCUCGGGCCCUGGCUGCUGCUGCAGACGGUGUGUGCUGGGAGCCACAUUGCCAAGACCCUGGGGUACCUGGAGCUGGGCACCUCCGGCCUCCUCAAGGAUGUCCCCUACGGCACCCUGAAGCCCCCCAUGCUUGACCCUGGGCGGCUGAUUCCAGCUGAGCCCCCCCAGGGCACGGGGACACCCUCAGGUGCUGCGCGGAGCCCCUGGGACUGGCAGAAGAACCACACGGCUGGGGACCUGCCGAGUCCCCGCGCCCGGCGCAAGCCCUCGCUCAAGUCCGGCCGCACCAAGAAGAUCUUCGGCUGGGGUGACUUCUACUUCAAUAUCAAGACACUGAAGUUCAGCCUGCUGGUGACAGGGAAGAUCGUUGACCACAUCAAUGGAACCUUCAGCGUCUACUUCCGCCACAACUCCUCCAGCCUGGGCAAUGUCUCGGUCAGCAUCGUGCCCCCCUCCAAGGCAGUGGGCUUUGAGGUGCUGCAGAGCACCCUGCCCGAGGGGCGCCCGGCCAAGGCCCUCAACUGCCAUGUGGAAUACGAGAAGACCAACCGGGCGCGGAAGAACAAGCCCUGCCUGUACGACCCCUCCAAGGUGUGCUUCACCGAGCACACACAGAGCCAUGCUGCCUGGCUCUGCGCCAAGCCCUUCAAGGUCAUCUGCAUCUUCAUCUCCUUCCUCAGCAUCGACUACAAGCUGGUCCAGAAGGUCUGCCCUGACUACAACUUCCAGCAUGACAACCCCUACUUCGGCUGA